AUGAUCAACCAGACGGGAAUGCUGGGCGAAGGUACGCACGAGACCUUACAGAUCCGCCGUCCAUCCGUUGCUAACCCGUGGCAGAUGGCAUUCACAUCGACAUGAACCACCUCAAGUCUGGCGAGGUCAACCUCGGUACCUCGAUCAUGGCCAUCAACUUCAAGGACGGCGUCAUACUCGGCGCAGACAGCAGGACCACCACCGGCGCAUACAUUGCAAACAGAGUAACCGACAAGCUCACACAAGUACACGACACGAUAUGGUGCUGUCGGUCUGGCUCUGCGGCAGACACCCAGGCAGUUGCGGAUAUUGUGCAGUACCACCUGGGCAUGUACGGCAUCACGAAUGACGAAGCUCCCACCACACAGACCGCUGCGGCAUUGUUUCAAGAGCUGUGCUACGAUAACAAGGACAUGCUGAGCGCGGGCAUCAUCAUUGCUGGGUGGGACCAUAGGCAUGGUGGACAGGUCUACUCCAUCCCGCUUGGAGGCUCCCUACAUAAGCAGGCGUAUGCCAUCGGUGGUUCAGGCUCAACAUACAUCUACGGUUACUGCGACGCGAAUUGGCGGGAAGGCAUGACAGAGGAGGAGGGCAUCGGCUUCGUCAAGGGCGCGUUACGGGAGGCGAUCAAGUGGGAUGGCAGUUCCGGAGGUGUGAUCCGCAUGGUGGUCCUGACAGCGAAAGGCGCGGUGCGGCACCUGUACCUACCCGAUCGCGACUACAGCGGUCCAGGCACAGACAAGCCGUAG